AUGAUCAAAGCACUACUAGUGUCUGCAUUGGUGGCUGGAGCUCUCAGCUAUGAGCUCCCCACUGACCAGGACCAAAUGCCCAGGGUGGUUGGAGGUGAAGAUGCAGUGCCCAACAGCUGGCCCUGGCAGGUCUCCCUGCAGUACAGCUCCAGUGGCCAGUGGCGUCACACCUGUGGAGGGUCCCUGGUGACCAAAAACUGGGUCUUAACUGCUGCUCAUUGCAUCAGCUCCUCCAGGACCUACCGUGUAGCACUGGGCAAGCACAGCCUGUCCUCAGUGGAAUCCGGCUCCGUGAAUGUCUCGGUCUCCAAGUCGGUGGUGCAUGAGAAAUGGAACUCCAGCCAGCUCUCCAAAGGGAACGAUAUCGCUCUGCUCAAACUGGCCAACUCCGUCUCCCUGAGUGACAAGAUCCAGCUGGCCCGCCUCCCAACUGCUGGCAGCAUUCUGCCAAACAACUAUGCCUGCUACGUCACGGGCUGGGGAAGGCUGCAGACCAAUGGUGCUGCUUCUGACAUCCUGCAGCAGGGCCGUUUGCUGGUUGUGGACUAUGCCACGUGUUCUAGCUCUAGCUGGUGGGGCAGCACCGUGAAGACCAAUAUGGUCUGUGCUGGUGGUGAUGGUGUGGUCUCCAGCUGCAACGGGGACUCCGGGGGACCGCUGAACUGCCCAGCAUCUAACAGCGAGUGGGAAGUACACGGUGUGGUCAGCUUCGGGUCCUCCCUCGGCUGCAACUACUACCACAAGCCCUCUGUCUUCACACGAGUCUCCAAUUACAUCGACUGGAUCAAUUCGGAGUCCACAGGCCCCCUGGAGCCCAAGGAGGACUCCAGGCCAGGACCGCUGCAGGUGAUUGCAAAUAACUAA